GGCAGGAGCAGCCCCAGCUCGGGUGCGGAGGGCUGAGCCCAGAUGGUCAGGGUCAUUCACUGCCUCCUGUCUCUUUUCAUAAAAAGAAGUUGGCAAAGAGACCAGGAUACAUGAGACCACAAGCUCCACAACAGAUAGAGUUACAGCCUCCUGCUCACUGCAAGCCAUUCAACCCAAAAGGGCUUGAACAUGGCAGAAAGCAUUGUGAAGACUUCAAGAACUGCUCUCUGCACAGACUAUGCAAAAAUGACUUUGAAUUCUUACAUUGUAAUUCAUCUGUAAACAGUACCAUAGUUACCACUACUGUGGUAACAACAUCGACCACUGCUGGAAAUAUGACAGGAAGCCUCAGAAAUCUGUCAGAUCUCAGGAUUCAGCCGUCAGAAAAUGUAAUUCUGCCGGUUUGUCCUGCAGCUGCCACAUAUAAAAGAGACUUCUCACCUGUGUGCAGUUCAAAUACAUGGCAGACUAAUCUACUAGCAACUACGUGGAAGACAAUCCACGGUGCUAGAGUAAAGGAGCCACAGGAAAUAUACACUUUGGAUCAGAAGGAAGUGAACAAUAACUGUGUAUAUAACAACAAAGAAGUCACUUCUUACUCGUCCAGUACUUGGGAUAGCUUUAAUUCAAGUUUCAGCUUCAUCCAGCUCUCACUGAACUCAAGUUUUGAAAAAAGUGACACUGAAGGUCAGUCAGAUGGCAGGGCAACGGAACACACACUGCAAACAAAUGCAACAGGAGAAAUAGAAAAUGUUAAUUUACAUGAACCAGGGGAGAGACUAAGAAGUUCACAUAAAGACGUAGGGGCUUCAUCUUGCAUUUGUAGGCAUGGUGAGGAUUAUCAGUGUGCACGAGAGACCAUAGUGAAAAAUAAAUUGCAGGAUUGUGAGAUGGUAUCUCUUUUGGAUACAGAUGCAGCAUUUUCAUGUUCCACAGAUUCCUCAGAUGCAGCAUCUGCUGGUUCUUCUGUUACCUCAGGCUACGAAAGUAGCUUUACUGUUAGUGAUCACAACUGGGACACCCUGAUGAGGAAAUAUGAACCGGUGCUAUUGGACUGCUUGGUUGGCAACCGUAGUACAUUAAAGAUAAAAUCCUUAAUGUUAAGGCUUCAGAGGCUUCAAGAAAAAGCAAUAGAGGAAGAUGACUAUGAUAAAGCUGAUAAAUUUAGAAGAAAACUAGAAGAACUGGAGCGAGAGAAGAAUUCUUUAAAAUUUCAGCUUCCUUCCAGGCAUCCUUCAAUUAUCAGCUUCUUGGACAGAUUCAGUGCACAAGUUCAAGCAGCGUUGUACUGGGCUGGAGAUCGGGUUGAAAGUGAAGAAGCACAGCUCUGGCAAAAAAAUGAGCAAAAGCUUUUGAGUCCUGCUUACCAAAAGAGGAUGCAGGUUUCAACCACAAAAAGAAACCAGCUUCUUCAAGAAAAGCAAUGGUUGCAGAAAGAAAUUGAAGACCUCAGAGCAAGGCUGGCUGUGCUAGAAGCAAAAGAUGAACAAUUAAGAGGAGACAUUGAAGAGCAAGAUAGGCUUAUUCAGUCGCAGGACUGCGAGUUGACUGCCUUGCUUAGCUGUGUAUCUUUGAGAGAGCUACAGGAAAUAAGCAAGGCCUUAGAUGACACGUUAGCAUUGUCAUAUCAAAUUCCAUUUAGUUUGGAUCUCCCUGAAACCAUCAAGAGCCUUCAGGAAAAAGAACAAUCACUGAGCAUGUCCAUUAAAGAAGCGACUGCCAAAGUUUGUGCAAGUCAGAAACUAUGCAGUACUUUGAGGAGGAAAGUGAGUGAUAUUGAGACCCAACUACCAGCUUUACUUGAAGCCAAAAUGCUUGCUGUAUCAGGAAGUAAUUUCUGUACUGCUAAGGAUCUUGCAGAAGAAAUAAGAUCAUUAACAUCUGAGAGAGAAGGGCUGGAGGGACUUCUCAAUGAGCUGUUGGUGCUGAAUGCCAGAAAUGUCCGAAAAUUAGAGAGAAUUAAAGAAGAUUACAACAGAUUGAAACAAGAACUGGAGCAGGGGGAGUCUGCCUUUGAGACAAACGUGAAGGAAGAUGCUGUGAAAUUCAUGGAGAUGCUGGAGGAUAAGCUGCAUAGCUGUGGGAACCAGCUGCUCGAAAGAGUGUGGGAAGCUGACUUGGAGGCCUGUCAGCUGUUGAUCCAAGGGUUUCAGCUGAAAGAAGCUGGUUGCUGUGUUUCAGAGGGAGAAGAGGGCCGAACAGAUGAGAUGGAUGCUGCUGAUGAUCACUGUUCGGACACAGAGAGAGGAAAAGAAAGCCACUUUCCAAAAGGCACAGAGUGGGGCGCUGUUCCAUGCCCCCUUGCUCAAACCAAAUGCCGUGAACUCAAAGAGGUUGUGGAGGAUAUUUCAUUUGGUACAGAUGAUCAUUUGUAUGAGGACUUCCACUUAUUUUCUGCAGAACUGGGAGAAAAAUGUGACGCAAUAAGUGAGAAACUGGUGCAAUUAGAAGAUCAACUCCAAGCAUCAGUCUGCAACUUGGAUGACAGUUUUAUUCAGUCUCUACAGAGGGAGAUCCAGAUGGUGAAGGAAACUCUGCAGGCCAUGCUGAUGCAGCUCCAGCCGGAUAAGGAGGCAGGAGAAGCUGAGGCUGGAACUUCCUCUGUGACAGCUGGUGUCCAGGAAAACAAGACUUAAAGGAAUAAUAUUGAGGGGGGUCUGGUGUUUUAAUGUUAAUUCACAAAGGGUUGCUUUUAGUAACUGAAUACUGUCUUACCAAGCCUUGAGGAUCUCUUCUCUCCCUGCAUAACUAACAACAACUAAAUCAAUUAUGGAGAAAUGGAGCCUGGAGGUUUAUCAACAGAAGUGUUCUACACAGCUUCCCAUGUUCUGGCACAGACUGGAAACCAGCGUUCAGAGCAGAGCAGCUCCUGUAAUUGUGUCGAUUACAAACUGAUACAUUUCAAGUGAUUCAGCAGAGUCUCCUUUAAUGUCAGAGUGAGAUUUUUCUAACUUGUUAUAAACAACGUCCUUACUCGUGCAUUCUUCAAUCUUUUUCUCCUUCAGCAUGUCACGUUAAAGGCAGUAUUCUUCAGUAUUGCUGAGAGACAGCUGAGGGAAUAAGUAAUUUUUUGUCUUUGUAACAUCUUUCUUACACCCAAGUUAUUUUCAGAUUCCUACAAAAUGUAAGACCACUAGGAUAGAAUUCAAAAUAACCAAAUUCUUCUAACUUAAAUUAGGGCUACAUUUACCCAGUGGCAUUCAACAAAGCAGAGAAAAUUAACAUCAGACUAGAGAACAAUAGCUUUUCAACCAUU